UCCUAGGAGAGCAAAACCCUAACAUAAUAGAGAAAGUUCUGUUAGUUUUUAUUGUAUGAUUUUUUCCGGCAAAUGACGUAUCUUUAUUAAUUGUUCUGUUUUUUUGCUCAUUCAACCGCAAUGCUGUGCCACAUUUUUUUUUUCUGUUCUUCAGAACUAAAUUUUAGUAUGUUCCAGUCUUCCAGAUCCAAAGAACCGAUUUUUAAAGAGAAAAAGGGCGAUUUGGUUGGUAAAAUCCCCAAAACCAGCGGAAGGGAAAUAGUAAUUACUGAAAGCAACGGAAAGGGGCCAGCGAGAUCCAACUUCCUUCCAGAGAAGAAAGAGACUGUGGUUUUGUUUAAUGUAAAAGUGGACAUUCCGUUGCGCUCAUCGUCCCCGUUUAUAGUGCUCACACUGAGCAUCUCGGAAGGGAGGAGUGGAGGAGGAGAUAACGCCGUGUUGGCGUGUCUCCUUCUCAAUUCGGGGGAAUUUUUUAGCUUUAUAUAGCACUUGGCGUUGGCCGGGAAGGAGAUGGGAGAAGAGCCCUUAAAGACGCGCUGGACGUUUGAGGACUUCAAGAUGUUUUAUAAUAUAAGAUUUGGGAGGAAGAAGGAGAUUAAUAAUGACGAUCCUAAAUCUGAUACCAACGGUAUAAACUCUGAUGGAAAUGUGAAUACGAAUGUAAACAUCAAGAGCAAUUCUGACAUGGCUGUUUAUGAGCAGUUUGAGCAGCAGGAAAGGCAAUGUGUGAUCAGGGCUACAGCUAUUUCUGCUAGAUCCGAUGGAGCAAUAUUGAAGCCACUACUUCCUCCUUUUGAUUCUGCAGAAACAAGAUCUUUAGCAGAGACUUUGUGCAGAGAUAUCAUUCGUGGAAAUCCUGAUGUUAAGUGGGAAAUCAUCAAGGGAUUGGAGAAUGCAAAACGCCUUGUUAAAGAAGCAGUUGUCAUGCCCAUAAAGUAUCCAAAGUACUUCAAGGGACUUCUUUCUCCUUGGAAGGGAAUUUUACUUUUUGGCCCUCCUGGAACAGGGAAGACUAUGCUUGCCAAAGCCGUCGCAACUGAGUGCAAGACUACAUUUUUUAACAUUUCGGCAUCCUCAAUUGUUAGCAAAUGGCGAGGUGACUCGGAGAAGUUAGUAAGAGUUUUGUUCGAGCUUGCCAGGCAUCAUGCGCCAUCUACUAUUUUUCUUGACGAGAUUGACGCCAUCAUUAGCCAACGAGGUGAAGCACGUAGUGAGCAUGAAGCCAGUCGUCGUUUAAAAACUGAGCUUCUUAUACAGAUGGAUGGUUUGACAAAGACAGAUGAACUUGUCUUUGUUUUAGCUGCAACAAACCUACCUUGGGAACUUGAUGCGGCUAUGCUCAGACGCCUUGAGAAGAGGAUUCUUGUGCCUCUUCCAGAACCAGAAGCUAGGCAGGCUAUGUUUGAGGAGUUUUUGUCAACUUCUUCUGGGGAAGCAGAAAUACCUUAUGAUUAUCUGGUGGAGAAGACUGAAGGUUAUUCAGGAUCUGACAUUCGUUUAGUAUGCAAGGAAGCAGCCAUGCAGCCACUAAGGAGGUUGAUAUUCUUUCUGGAAAGCCAACCCGACAAAGUGCCUGAGGAUGAGUUGCCUGCUGUUGGUCCUGUCACACCUGAAGAUAUUGAGGUGGCUUUGAGAAACACAAGACCAUCAGCUCAUCUCCAAGCUCAUCGUUAUGAUAAGUUUAACCAGGAUUAUGGCAGCCAGAUUCUCAGCUAAGCAUUAUUAUUGUUUUGUAGAUUAUUGCUACAGGAUUCUUCUUGUUAUUCUAUUUAACCUGCUCAAUGCAUCAAACUUCUGAAACUCUUUAAUUGAUUUAUAUAUACCAGAAAUGCCCUCUAGAGCUUAA